AUGCCGAAGAAAAUCUGGCUUAAGAGGCAUCAAAAUGAAACACCCAACAUCCAAACAUUCAAAAAGAAACACCCAGAAAAUACGACUCACACAUAUGAGAAGCGGUUCAAAUGCGAAAAAGAAGAUUUCGUUGCGCUACCGAACACAUAUGUGAUGAAUCAUACUGACAAGAAACCGUACUAUUGUCCGAAAUGUGGAAAGAAUUUCAUCUGGUCAUCGAGUCUGAAUGUGCAUAAGAAAAUUCAUACCGGUAGGAAGUCGUAUUCUUGCUCGGAAUGCAGGAAGAAUUUCACCCAGCCAACGGGUCUGUAUCAACAUAAGAAAAUUCAUACCGGUAAGCAGUACUCUUGUUCAGAAUGCGGGAAGAAUUUCAUCCAAUUUUCGAGUCUAAAUGAGCAUAAGAAAAUUAAUAGCGGUAAGCAGUACUCUUGUUUGGAAUGUAAUAAAAGCUUUGCCCAAUCAGGGAAUAUGAGAAGACACAUGAAGGUUCAUGACAAUGCUGGGCCCAGAUUCAACUAA